AUCAGAUGCACCCUGCAUUCACCGAUUCCAAGGCGUUGACGCGCGUUGGAAAUUUUCUUAGCUGCAUAUAAAACGCCGUUGACAAUUUCAUUGCUGGACGCAUUUCGCAAUCGGCGGUACUUUCGACUUUUCAAUAUCUCGCCCAAAAUUUUCGCCGUCGAGAAAUAUCGUUCUCGUAGUAUACACCCACGCCAACCAUUUUUUGCAUACAUACACUUUUGCAGAGGUUCAGCACCCCACUAUGAAAUCCUUCAAGAAACUAGUAAACAAAGGCCGCGAGAGCUUCCAGAAUCGCAAUGCCGGGGAGAAGGACCCAACCAAUACGCCGGCCAAUGCCAAUGUUGACAACGAGAAGCGCGUAGCUGCUCCACAAGCCAACGAUGGACAACAGCAAGUACUCGCCGAAGCUGCGCCUGGUACACUACAUGUUGCCCUGCAGAACAAGUCCAGCUCCAGCAAUGUUUACGCAUACAUCACGGGCCUCGCUCUCGAGCAUAACAACUCGCCUAUAUUCGUGCAGUCCGACGGUCGAAGCAUUUACUUUCCUGUCGCGCCGAAAGAGAUUCUACAACCCCUCCAAGCCGACGUUGCGAUACCCCUCGGCGCGCCAGGCAACACCGUGAACGUCAAUAUUCCGAAGAUUGCUGGUGGCCGCAUAUGGUUCAGCAUCGACGGCAAACUCACGUUCUUGCUGAACCCUGGCCCUGCGGUUGUCGAGCCAAGUGUGACAAACCCUUCAGACAAAAACUUCAACAUCGACUGGACGUUUUGCGAAUUCACGUUCAACGAUGCGCAACUCUUCGCUAACAUCAGCUACGUCGACUUCAUCAAUAUUCCCGUCUCACUGAGUCUCACCAACACGCAAGGGAACACGCAAAAAGUGCCUGGUAUGGGUUCUGAUGGCUUCCAGACAGUUGUCAAAGAAUUGCGUGCACAAGCCCAGCGCGAUGGCAAACCUUGGGAUCGGCUGAUCUACGAACUCAAUGGCCGCCCGCUACGAGUGCUAAGUCCGAACAACCUCCUCGUCGGGAACGACAGCGUGUGGGGCAACUACUGGGAUGGCUAUACACAGGCGGUGUGGAAUAAGUUCCGGAAUGAAGAUAUGACAAUCAACACUCAAGCUGCAGCCGGCAACGUCACAGGUCGUGUGCAGGGCAACGAAUUGCAGCUCGGCGAAGCGGGUAGUUUCUCCGCGCCGUCUGCAAAGGACAUCUUCAGCUGUAGCACUGGGCCAUUUGCAACUGGAUCAAACCCAGCACGCAACGCCGUAAUUCCGAGACUGGCUGCUGCCUUCAACCGCAGCACAUUGCUGACGUCGCCGGGCAACCAGUUUCCGAACGGUGGAAAUCCGAGCACGUACUAUAAGGAGGAGACCACAAACCACUACGCUCGCAUAGUACACCAGGUACAACGAGAUGGACGAGGCUAUGCGUUCCCAUAUGACGACGUUGUUCCUGAUGGCGGCAGCGAUGUUGCCGGUACGCUGUUUGAUGGCAGCCCUAAAUUGUUCACCGUAGCUGUUGGCGGCAACUAAGGAGCUUGCGGUCUGAUAUCGAGAUGCUUGAUGUGACGUCGACUUCAUUGUACACUUUUUUCUUCGCAUGUUUAUAAGCUUCUUGCUCAUACUCGACAUUGAUAGAUUGAACAUGUAGAUGACUUUGCCUGUGGUAUAUUUCUUUUGACUGACAC